ACCUGUUCUUUUGUGAUAGCCAUCUUUUUUCAUUCACAUCUACAUAGUUUGGUGACGUUAUCUUCAGAUACUUGGUUUUAAACGCCAUCUAGCAGAUUCAUUUGUGUUUUAUGUAAUAGGUUAAAUAAUCAACUGAGAUUAAGAUAUUUAUUAAGUGUAUAUUCCUUGAUCUCACUUCAUACCAAGACAGCUAUUUAAAGGACGUUGGAGUGAAUUAAGUUCAUAAAUUAUCUUUUUACCUGCGAUACUUUGGGACGUAAUCCUUGUCUAUUACCGCACUCCUUUCUCGUCUCAUUAUUAUGUAUUAUUUAUUCAUACACAUAAAUAUUAGUACAAGGAUACACCAAGUAUAAAUGCGCCACAUAUAUCAUUAGAUUUAUGUAAGGGCUGGGAUACUGUCCGGGUGCCCAAAUCGAAGCAAAUGGUUUUCUUAUAGGGCCACACUCAGAACCUUCGACUUAAAGGUCUGAUCCACAAGACAGUAUAGCAACGUCAGGAGAUGCAGUCCCAUGAUAGCUGGUGAUCAACAGUUGGUUCAUAUGGCAUUUGUUCUUUCAGGAUCCUGGAGCCAGCCCAUGUGCACCAUUGGUUAAGAAUCAGGGUUUCCCAACUCCCCUAGGUAGACUCUCCGUGUCCACUAACUCGGUUAAAGCGAUGGACAUUCGCGUUUCUUCCUCUCAACCUCGUAUACAACACCCGUGGUGCAAGGUAGUGAGUAGGACUUCCCUGGUAGUAGUUGUAUGCGCGUGGUCACUUGAGAGCACUCAGCCGUACCAGGGCAUUUAGGGGCUUUCCAUUCGCUCCUUAUAUCCUGUUGAAACGUUAUUUGUGAGCUUUUUGUUGGGAUUUGACCUUAUUACUUAACAUCUUCGAAUUACCAAAAUUAUCAUUUUACAGCCAUUCAUAAACGAUGUAGGACCUGGGACUAGUGUGUCUUUUAAAGAUACCCCAACGCCUAUCGACAAAUCGAGAGAUUAAAGUGGUCAGUAGGAAAGUAUAAGAAGUAAUAAUAUAAUUUGCGGUAGGUGGUAAACGUGAGAUAAUUUUGACGAAGUGUAUAAAACCAAAGAGUUAUUAGUAUGGAAUAGGAUACACAUUGAGGUAAGCACCGGAUUGAGUCACAUGGCCACAGGAAAAGUGGAAGACAAAAGAACACAUUACGCUUAGAAAUGAAGACAGACCUGUGAAGAAGGAAUAACAAUUGGAUAGCACUAGAAAGGAAGGUCCAGGACAGUGGGUUGGAGAAUGCUGGUCGGCGACUUAUGCUCCAGUGUGAGUAACAGGCGUAAGCUAGUAAGUAAGUAAGAAAAUUCGCUGAAAGUCAAUAAAGUUUAGUCGGAAUUAAUAAAUACUAAAACACUAGUAUUAAUUGAAAAGAUCAAUCGAAUAUGAUAUCAUAUCACCUCUGACCUAUCAUUAACUUUCAUGGAUUUCCCUGUUUUCAUCAAUCAGUUGCUCAUGUUCCUGAACCCCAGCCAUCCUUUGAUUAUCAGUCAGAUGUUUUCAUAUUUUGAUUAGCCGAACAUCAAGAUGUGUUAAAAAACUAUUUCAUCAUGUGCUAAAACUUCUUAACAACACUAACAUAACUUAAAGCUUCGUAUCAUGGGCUUUUAUCCCUAUCACUCAAUAUUAAUUGCAUAAUUUACGUUUACAAUCAAAAUAAUCUCGACACGAGUUUUUUCAUAGCGAAAACUACCCUGGAGAAUUAGUAGAAAUAGUAUCUUCUCUCUAAAUGUCACUUCUGUAAAAUCUUGGUGUAUGCGUUUGAAGUCAUACCCACUUCUGUUGUCCUCAACUUAUUUAUUCAUUUCAUCUUCAAAUAAUUGUCCCAGGUGAUUUUUGCGUUGGUGUUCAUUUGAUCGAAAAAGCUUAUGCGCCAGAUGUUGGUACUCGAAGUUCAUUUGCAGCUAUAUUGAUUUCAAGAAAUGGACUGUAUAAUAAAAAAAUGCAGUAAAAGUCUCAUUAAGUACAUCAAUAAACAUUGUGACUACGAGAUAUCAAUUUUGUCCAAGUUACCAUCAAUCGUUAUUGCUUUUCUUGGUAUCAGUCUAUUUCUACAUGGUUUUUUAUUGAAUCGAACUGAGCUCUACAAUGAGACAAAUGAAAAAUUGAAAUUAUCAUUGAAUUAUCCUUCAACUGUUGCUAGAAAUGGUCGAAUUAUCCUUUUACUUGUUGAUGCAUUGGGUUAUGCACUUAUACAAGACAAUAAUGAAAAUAACCAAUUAUUACGUGGUCAUAUUUCAUCACAUUCCCAAAAUCGAUAUCAUCCACUACUUGAUAGUUUAUCUAAAGCGGUAUUUAUUGGGAAGUUUGUCGCAGACCCGCCGACAACCACGUUACAACGUUUAAAAGCUCUAAUGACAGGAAGUAUGCCAACAUUUAUAGAUGCAGGUUCAAAUUUUGGCGGAAGUAAAGUACUGGAAGAUAAUUUACUAAAACAGUGGAAUAGAGCUGGAAAACAAAUUCGAUUUGUUGGCGAUGAAACUUGGAUUGAUCUAUUUCCCGAUAGUUUCAGUCAUUAUAAAGCUUAUUCAUCGUUCAAUGUGAAGGAUUUGGAUACAGUUGAUCGAGGUGUUGAAAACUACUUUCUCUAUGCCCUUAACGGUACUGCAUGGGAUUGGGAUAAUGGAGUUGUUGACAGUCAAACACCACAAACUGAUUGGGAUAUUCUUAUUGGACAUAUGUUGGGGAUAGAUCACUGUGGUCACACAUAUGGACCUGCACAUCCAGAGAUGACGCGAAAGCUAAAUGAACUAAACAGUUUUAUAAAACGUAUUGUUUCUAAACUUCAAUCUUCCGAUGUUCUAUUUAUUUUGGGUGACCAUGGAAUGACACGUUCAGGUGAUCAUGGUGGAGAUAGUGAUGCAGAACUGGAAGCUGCUUUCAUUGUUUUUACUGCUAAUCAGAGUUCUCUUGUGAUAAAAGAUGAUUCAGAGAACCAAACUAAUAAACGAUUAUAUCAAAUAGAUCUUGUCCCAACUUUAUCACUUCUAACUAAUGUUCCAAUACCCUAUUCGAAUUUGGGCAUACUAUAUGGUCAUCUGCUAGGAUAUGGUGCUGACCUUCACCAGGGUAUGGUAUUGAAUUUUAUACAGAUGUUCACUUAUACUGCAAAUUAUUUUUAUAAUAUAAGCAAAUUACCAUUAUCUCCUAUACUUAUGUCUUAUAUGAAUCGUAUUAUAUUCAAUUCAACUUAUGAUUGGAUAGAACAGUUCAAUGAUAUACAAUUAAUAAAUAUACUUAAAGAAUUACAAUUCAUAUUUCGUAUACAUUGGACUCAAUUCAAUGAUUCAUUGAUAUUCUUUGGUAUCCUUUUAACAUGUUACAGUUUGAUUACUCUUCUAUUAUUGAUUGAAAAGAUUUCCAAUACUUCAAUGAUACAUAUCCAUAAUAGUUUCUUAUUGUUUACAUGUAUUUUAUCGUUUUUUUCAUGUAUAAAUAUAUACUACUUAAAUCUUUUAUUAUUCAUCCUAGUCUCAUAUGUUAUCAUUAAACACUAUAAGUUUUCAAAGUUGAUAUUCAAUGGUAACUCUAUCGGUUUUUUGUUACUAUUCUUAUUGUCUUUAAGUUAUUUAUCAAAUAGUAUGAUUAUCUAUGAAUUUCAUAUCACUUUCUAUUUCAUUCAAAGUUUAAUUGUUAUAUCUCUAUUUUGUUCAUUCAUUCAUAUCAUGGAUCAUACUGAUAUUAUGACAUGGUAUAACUUUAAAUUUUUACGAAGAUUUUGGUCUUUUCCUUGUCUUCCAUUUAUGAUGAUACUUUAUUCUGGUAUAUUGUUAUUAUUUCGUUUAUUGAUUAGACAUUUUCUAAUUUGUCGUGAAGAAUUAAACUAUAGUUCUAUAUGUCGAUCUAUACUUGAUCCAUGGAUUAGUAAAUCUUUGAAUAAAUUAAAUCCUAUUCAUGAAUUUCAUCCAAUUAGUUGGAUACGUGUAACGUUUGCUUGUUUCAUGUUAAUCAUUUGUUUACGUAUGUAUUGGCGGUUGUUGUUUGAAUAUCUAAAUAUAUAUAUUGGUGUUAAUCAAUCGAAUAAAGUUAGUUGGAGGAAAUUAUGUGUAUUUAUAUUAAUUGGUAGUUUAUUGUCUUUAUUAUGGAUGGUGGAUUCUGCGGAAUCAACGAAUUGGAUUGGAUUCAUUCCAAAACGUAAAUUGCAUACAGUUCGGAUUUGGAUUGCUCGCAUUUUCUUGAUGACUAUAUUCUACAUAUUUUUUCAACUUUUGAAAUCUCCAUUUCAACUUAUUCAACAGACAAAUUUUAUAAAAUCUAUGCAGUCAAAUGAUUGUAAUCAAUCCAUUCAAAGAAGUGUUCUCUAUCUGUACACUUUAUGGACAAUGACCUGUUUAACAGUUUUACCAUUACUUUCUCUACUUGUUUUCCUAAAUGAAUUCCAUAUAAUUUGGUUAGUUUUCAUGAUUAUAUUCGUUCAAAUACGUAUACAUGCAACUACUAUAAAAUGUAAUCAUAUGGAUAAAUGUAUUAAAAAUUCAAUACAGCUUCAUGUACCUCAGAACUGCAUCUCAUGGAUUAUUGCAAUAUUUUUUUGCUUGUUAGAUAACUUAUCUUUUUUUAUAACUGGUCAUCAACCAACAUUAUCUGGAAUUCCAUGGGAUGCCGCUUAUGCUACAUAUGAAGGUGACCAUAAUACACGAUGGUUACCAGGAUUGACUGUUCUCUUGCAUUUAUAUUCAGGUCCUAUAUUAAUUGCUUUCAGUAUACCAACGAUUCUUAUUUUUUCUGCACGCCUUCAUCAUGUCCAUGAGACGGUGAUCCAUUCCCAUCCUAACAAUAGCCGAAAUACUGGUUUUUACAGAUUUGUUGAUGCUUUGGAUUUAUUCAUUUGGAGAUUUAUUAUUAGUAAAAGUGUGUUAACUUUAGGUUGUAUGCUAAGUACUGGUUUAUUACGUCGUCAUUUAAUGGUAUGGAAGUUAUUUGCACCACGUUUAUUAUUCUCUAUUUUAAGUUUAUUUAUAUCAGUUGUAUGUCUUCCAAUGAUUCGUUUUUUAUUUGUCUAUUGUUUUCAUCAUAGAAUUUGUAACAUUUUACAAAGUAAAUUUAAUAUAAAUAUGUGUGUAUAGGGCUACAUACGUUUGUCAAUGUAAUUACAUUUACUCUGUUAAUCUAUUUAUAUAUUGGUUUUAUUCAAAAUCCAUACUUACAUUGUUUGACUUGUUGUUGUUGUUGUUGGUGUCAUCGUCAAUAUCAGUAAAUUUGAUGUUGAAUGGAUACUUUCUGUUGUAUAAUUAUUACUCUCUUUCGUUUUUGAUACUUACUUACGCCUGUCACCCCCCCAUGGAGCAUAGGCUACCGACUAGCGUUCUCCAACCCACUAUAUCCUGAGCCUUCCUUUCUAGUUGUUAUAAUUUCUUUCUUA